UCACCAUCACCAUUGCACUGCAAACUACCAACUUUAGGAAAAACAUUUGCAUCACACGGAAAAUAAUAUUUGAAUUGUUCUACUGAUUGAAUUUUUGGAACAUGGCACAAAAAAGAAAGCGUGAAGUGAAAGAUGAGGGUAAAACUCAUAACGCAAAGGGCAGGAGGAAGAGGGUUGAAAAAGAUGACAAGAGUGAACUUGAAGCACAUGUCAAGAUGGAGGUCUUAUCAGAUCAUGGACAAAACCACAGAUCUUGGUGGCACGACCAGAGAAAGAUGUUUUUGCGGGAUUGGAAAUCACAUAACCCGGGUCUAUGUUGCAUUUGCAUUCGUGGAACCCGUGAUCUAGAUGAGAUUGUGACAUGCAAUGGUCCAGAUUGCGCAGUCUCAGUGCAUAGGGCAUGUUACGAUGUUGAGGGACAAGAUGCUAGCAAAUGGAUGUGCGACCGGUGUCGCACGGAUGACCCAGCCCUGGCGGCAUGUGUGCUGUGUCCAUGUAGAGAUGGCGCUUUGAAGCAAAUAUCCGGGACGAACUAUUGGAUUCAUGUUUUGUGCAUGCAAUGGACACUUGGAUCAAGGGACGAUGAUCGAGUUUGCGAGGAGAAUCUCUACCAUUUGGAUCCGAAACGCUGGAACAAGGAGUGCUCUGUGUGUACAUCACCUAUGAACAAGCAAUAUGGCGGUAAAUGCCCAUGCGAUGCUGCUCAAUGCAAGAAUCUGGUGCACGCGACCUGUGCUGCUGACUAUCGCCUGCUCGAGGAAGUUACCGAUUCUCCCGAUAUGGCGCAUCCAUUUUUUGUUUAUUGCAAGCAACACGGAUCAAAUGAUCCGCGGUUGAAUCCAUGGGCCAAGUGGGUUCAAAAUAAGCAUCGCGGAUUGGUCAAGAUAGCUGAAAAUGAGAGGAAGACACCCAUAAGUCAAGCCCGCUUAAAUGAUCCCCGGGCCGUUUUAGAAAACAGCUUGGCCAUUUUCAAUGAUGAACAGGAGCUGAAUAUUCUUCGAAUGCAGCAUGAUGCUGUCCAUAGUCGAGCCGAGUGUGCUGCAUAUGAAAAGGCCACAGUUAAACUUCAGCGGGAUUUGAAUAACACCGCGACGAACUUGGAGGAGGCAACCCAGGAACUUGAGCAGCUUGCAAAAGAGGACGAGGCAUUGAGAGACGACUUGCUAACCAUUUUCGAGUGUUUUCAACCAACCAAUUCCGCCUCCCCCGUUUCCCCCGACACUGUUAUCGAUCGACUUUUUCAACUUGGCCCACAAAUCCAAGUUCGGCCUGAUUUCGAAUCGGCCUUCGUAUCUGCAUACACAACAGCUCAGCACCAGCAGCAAUUGGAAGGGGAUGAGAAAUGCUUGAAUGAGUUGGCUAAUAAGCGCAAGAGGCGAGGUCGGCGAAAGAAUGCAGCACACCCAUUGUCUGGCUGCGGGCUUUUCGGACUGUGUACAAUCUGCAAGACUUUCGAAGGCGGUGAAGCAAGUGGAAGUGGGCUUGAUGGGACCGAUUCUCCAAGUAGCCCAGAAGUCAAGGCGUCUCCACCAGCGUUAGACGGUAUUAACGUUCAUCGACUGAUUCAAUGCGCUCAAUGUGUGCGAUGUUUUCAUAUGGGUUGUCUGGAUCCUCCGAUGACCAAAGUGCCUUCCCGAGGUUAUACAUGGAGGUGCGAAGAUUGCGAUACAAGCCCCAGUGAAGAGGAUAAAACACCUUAUAAGCGAAAACUGGACGAUGAGCAGAGUAUAGCGGAUGAAGGACGCCCAAAGAGGAUACGAGCUGUCCCCGCUCGCUAUACCGUCUGAUAUACUGUUAAUUUUUGAAGAUUGUCCUUGUACAGUAGAUGAUCUUUGUUGAAUCUUUUGUUUAUAUUUAAAUAUUUGCUCGUGGAAACAGCUCAGAGUGCCAAAGUCUU